UUUUUUUUCUUAUUUUGCUAAAUAAUUCUACUCUACUCUCGUUUUUUAUUUAAAUUCUUGAAAAAGUGAUUCAAUCGAGAGCAUCGAGAAAAAAACCAUUACACCCACGUCAUACAGGAUUUUUUACCUCUAGGAAUGUUUGUUUUAAUUGCAGUGAUUGGCGAUUACAACGAACACUAGGUCGCAUCUCGGUGAACGUGUCAAAGAGGAAAGGAAAAAAACUAUAGGCGCAAAAAACGAAGAAAAAAAACGGAAGAGAAUUCAGAGGAUCCUAAUGAUAAGACAGGAAGAACGUCGUCACCUCGAAAAGUAAAUAAAAUUUCCAGGAAAAGGAGUUUGUACACGUUAGUGUUUAUAUUAUAUAUUGAUGUGAAACGCCACUAGCAAUAAGGAGUAAAAACUAUGACACGAUUCAGAGAUACGUAAAGUGUGUAUAUAGUCACAUGGAGGGAGUUCACAACGUUGUGUUUUGUCCUUGAUACAAACUUUUAGCGUAUAAAGGAAGCCGAGGCCGUAAACGGAGGUCCAGAACGAAACGAUCUACCAAGAGAGCCAUGCCAGCCAAUGAGGAGACCAUGGAAGAGUGUUUGUGCCAGGAAGUUGAUUGUAAAACCUACGAGAAUACGACGGGGAUGUCUGUCAAUAAUAAAUUGAACGGCUCCAAAAACGCCUAUACAAAUUCGCAAAAUGGUACCACCACCAAGAAUGCUGCUGCUACUCCUGUCAACGAUGAUGAACUCCCGGAAUCGCUUCGCAGUUUUCCAUCGAGGCGCGAGCACGAGAAAUUUAUUCGUGAUUCGGUUAAUUUGAUUCUCAACGAUGCUGUCUUCGAGGGUCUAUCGAGGAAGAGCAAAGUUGUUGAAUGGGUGGAACCACUUGAUCUCAAGUCCAUAAUAAAUUUCAAUCUUGCUGAUGAUGGUGUCUCGCAGGAUGAUCUUCUCGCUAUCGCCAAAUCAGUGAUAAAAUACAGCGUGAAAACUGGUCAUCCACAUUUUGUCAAUCAAUUAUUCUCCGGUCUUGACCCAUAUGGUCUCGUUGGUCAAUGGCUAACAGACGCCUUAAAUCCGUCUAUUUACACGUACGAAGUGUCGCCCGUCUUCUCCCUCAUGGAGGAAGAAGUCCUCAAAGAAAUGAGACGAAUUGUCGGCUGGGAAGAUGGCAAGGGCGAUGGUAUUUUUUGUCCCGGUGGCUCAAUGUCAAAUGGUUAUGCCAUUAGUUUGGCGAGACACAAUAAAUAUCCAAAAAUCAAAGAAACUGGCCUCUGUCAAUUGCCACGACUCAUUGUUUUCACGUCCGAGGAUGCACACUAUUCUGUGAAGAAGCUGGCAUCAUUCAUGGGAAUUGGAAUGAGUAACGUCUUCUCUGUGAAAGUUGAUUCUCGUGGCAAAAUGUGCGUCAAAGAUCUCGAGAAACAAGUUCAACAAGCUUUGGACGAGGGUGCAGUUCCAUUAAUGGUUUCAGCAACCGCAGGCACAACUGUUCUCGGGGCCUUUGAUCCUCUCUUGGAGAUUAAAAAGAUCUGCGACAAGUAUCAAAUGUGGUUCCACGUCGACGCCGCUUGGGGUGGAAGCACCUUGAUGUCCAAGAAAUAUCGUCACCUGCUAGAGGGAAUUCAGUUCACUGACUCCGUCACGUGGAAUCCCCAUAAAAUGUUAACAGCGCCUCAGCAGUGUUCCACAUUCUUGACGUGUCAUGAAAAUUUGAUGCAAUCAGCACACGGUGCAAAGGCCACGUACCUGUUUCAAAAAGACAAAUUUUACGACACAUCAUACGAUGUCGGCGACAAAAUUAUCCAAUGCGGUCGACGUGCUGACGUUUUCAAAUUCUGGUUCAUGUGGAAGGCAAAGGGCACCGCGGGUUUUGAGAAACACGUAAAUCGUGUAUUCGAGUUGUCACGCUAUUUCUUAGAAAUGAUAAGAAAUCGCAAUGGAUGGCAAUUGUUACAGGAACCGGAAUGCACGAAUAUUUGUUUCCGCUAUAUUCCACCAUCGAAACGCCAAAUGCAGGGUGAACAAUUGAUGAAUGAAUUGCAUAAAAUUGCCCCAAUUAUCAAGGAAAGAAUGGUGAAACAAGGUUCGAUGCUCAUCACUUAUCAACCACUACGACAUAACAGAAAUUUCUUUAGGCUUGUCGUGCAAAAUUCAGCAUUGACCGAGGAGGAUAUGCAAUUUUUCGUCGAAGAAAUUGAAAGGUUGUCGAGUGAUCUUUAGAUACCUGUAGAAAUUUAAAAAAUCCUUUUGCCCAAAAUGUAAAUAUAGAUUAGAACAGUAUAAAAACAAAUAAAAAAAAUUCAAAUUGUCAUUGUUUCUGUGAUGUGAUCUAAAUUCAUUUUAAGAAUGAAAAAAAGAAUUCUUUUUUCUUGUAAAAUUUAAUCAAUAUAAUCGAAAGCACAAAUAUCAACAAUAUUAUAUAUGAUUAAAGUGCUAUUUACAAAUCAACGACAUUUAAUAAUAAUUCAGUUAUUUUGACCAAUCGACAAAAGUCGAACGUUUUUCUUUUUUUUGAUUUUCAAACAUGUAUAUAUUAUAAGUACAUUAAAAUUAUUAUUUGUCAGCAUUGAAA